UUACAUUUUACUCAACUGCGUUUCCCACUCCAGUCAGCUAAUGGCGGUCUGCGACUUUAAGGCAAUGCUGCUACUGUGACGUGUAAUCUAGUGGACGGAACGCUUCUUUCAACAGCAGCAACAGUUCGUCAGCCACCUCGGUAGCUUGCUAGCCAAAAUAUACGAACCAAUAAAGCUCUUUAGACGCUUUAGUGUAUAUUAGCCACUGUAUUUUAAACCCACUUCUGUCGUCUAGUUAGUUAUCCGUUUUAAUUUCAUAUUUACGGUAUUGUUUUUAUUAUUCAUCUAGCGGGCUGGUUAAGUUAGCAUUAGUCUAGCUAGCUAACAUCUCCAACCAUGAGGUCACUAAGCUACUCUCUUGUUAAUGAAGAGAAGGACUGCUGGACGGAGAAAGAUGCUCUCGUCAAAGAGGAGAAGGAUAUCACAGUAAAACAAGAAGUAGAGGGUGAGGCUGUUACAGUGAAAGAAGAAGAGAAAGACGUUACAGUGAAAGAAGAGGAAGAGGCGUUCAGAGUGAAAGAGGAAGAGGAUGUUACAGUAAAAGAAGAGGAGGAAGAGAAAGAGGAAGCUGCAGUUUUUGGAGUGAAAGAGGAGGAUGGGGAGAUGACUGUCACAUUGGAAGAAGAGGAGGAGGAAACUGAAUAUCUGGGCUCGGUUUCCCAAACGCAUCUUAAGGCAUCCAAUGGUUCUAACGAUGAACGGGCCCUGAUUAACACUACCCAACCAGAAGAGAAGAAACUCUUCCUGAACCACCUCCUCUUGCUGUCCUUCAUACAUUCUGAAGUUGCUGGAGAGAUAAGGGACUAUCGUGGAUCCUCUGGGGAGCCUCAACAACCUCAUGAUGCUGACGAGGCAGAGAAAAAUCUCUCCAGAUCAGAACUCCUCAAGAAACACCUGCAGAGAUCCACAGGGAAGAUAACUCACUGCUGCUCUGACUGUGGGAAGAGAUUCACCUCCUCAGGCAUUAAAUUUCAUCAGAGAACACACACAGGAGAGAAACCUUAUAGCUGUGAUCAAUGUGGGAAGAGUUUUACUACAUCUAGCAAUCUGACUGUACACCAGAGAACACACACAGGAGAGAAACCUUAUAGCUGUGGUCAAUGUGGGAAGAGUUUUACUACAUCUAUCCAGCUGACAUUACACCAGAGGACACACACAGGAGAGAAACCUUAUAGCUGUGGUCAAUGUGGGAAGAGUUUUACUACAUCUAUCCAGCUGACAUUACACCAGAGGACACACACAGGAGAGAUACCUUAUAGCUGUGAUCAAUGUGGGAAGAGUUUUGGUAGAUCUGGCCAGCUGACAUCACACAAGAGAACACACACAGGAGAGAAAUCUUAUAGCUGUGAUCAAUGUGGGAAGAGUUUUACUACAUCUGGCCAUCUGACUUUACACCAGAGAACACACACAGGAGAGAAACCUUAUAGCUGUGAUCAAUGUGGGAAGAGUUUUGGUAGAUCUGGCCAGCUGACAUCACACAAGAGAACACACACGGGAGAGAAACCUUAUAGCUGUGGUCAAUGUGGGAAGAGUUUUGGUAGAUCUGACCUGCUGACAUUACACCAGAGAAUACACACAGGAGAGAAACCUUACAGCUGUGAUCAAUGUGGAAAGAGAUGUACUACAUCUGGCCAGCUGACAUUACACCAGAGAACACACACAGGAGAGAAACCUUAUAGCUGUGAUCAAUGUGGGAAGAGAUUUACUACAUCUAGCCAGCUGACAUUACACCAGAGGAUACACACAGGAGAGAAACCUUAUUGCUGUAAUCAAUGUGGGAAGAGUUUUACUCAGCUGAACAGCCUGAUAGUACACCAGCGGACACACACAGGAGAGAAACCUUUUAGCUGUGAUCUAUGUGGGAAGAGAUUUACUACAUCUAGCGCUCUUACUUCACACCAGAGAAUACACACAGGAGAGAAACCUUAUUGCUGUGAUCAAUGUGGGAAGAGUUUUACUACAGCUGGCCAUCUGACUUUACACCAGAGAACACACACAGGAGAGAAACCUUAUAGCUGUGGUCAAUGUGGGAAGAGUUUUGGUAGAUCUGACCAGCUGACAUUACACCAGAGAACACACACAGGAGAGAAACCUUAUAGCUGUGAUCAAUGUGGGAAGAGUUUUACUACAUCUGGCCAUCUGACUUUACACCAGAGAACACACACAGGAGAGAAACCUUAUAGCUGUGAUCAAUGUGGGAAGAGUUUUGGUAGAUCUGGCCAGCUGACAUCACACAAGAGAACACACACAGGAGAGAAACCUAAUUGCUGUAAUCAAUGUGGGAAGAGUUUUACUGAAUCUAGCUCUCUGACUAAACACCAGAGAACACACACAGGAGAGAAAUCUUAUAGCUGUGAUCAAUGUGGGAAGAGUUUUACUGAAUCUAGCUCUCUGACUAAACACCAGAGAACACACACAGGAGAGAAAUCUUAUAGCUGUGAUCAAUGUGGGAAGAGUUUUGGUAGAUCUGGCCAGCUGACAUCACACAAGAGAACACACACAGGAGAGAAACCUUAUUGCUGUAAUCAAUGUGGGAAGAGUUUUACUGAAUCUAGCUCUCUGACUAAACACCAGAGAACACACACAGGAGAGAAAUCUUAUAGCUGUGAUCAAUGUGGGAAGAGAUUUACUACAUCUAGCUCUCUGUCUUCACACCAGAGAACACACACAGGAGAGAAACCUUUUAGCUGUGGUCAAUGUGGGAUGAGAUUUACCAGAUUUAGAUAUCUAACUAUACACCAGAGAAAACACACAGGACAGAAACCUUAUAGCAGUAAUAAAUGUGGGAAGAUAUACUUCUUUCUCCAUCCAGCAGACCUUCUCUUCUUCAGCAGGAACGGGGUUAAGUUUGAGACUGGAGCAAUGAGGCAUCUAACAUCCCUGAACAUGAGCUCACUAAACAUCUCCCCUCUUGUUAAAGAAGAGGCGGUCUGUUGGACGGAGGAAGAAGCUCUGGGGCAGAACAUUGUCGCGAAAGAGGAGGAGGUCACAGUAAAAAUAGAAGUAGAGGAUGAGGCUGUUACAGUGAAAGAAGAAGAGAAAGACGUUACAGUGAAAGAAGAGGAAGAAGCGUUCAGAGUGAAAGAGGAGGAGGAUGUUACAGUAAAAGAAGAGGGGGAAGUUUUUGGAGUGAAGAAGGAAGGGGAGAUUACUGUCACAUUGAAAGAUGAAGUGGAGGAGAUAGGAGAUCUGAUUAACACCAGAGAGAUACUUCACUAUCGUGGAUCCUCUGGGGAGCCUCAACAACCUCAUGAUGCUGAAGAGGCAGAGAAGAGUCUCUCCAGAUCAGAACACCUCAAUAAACACCUGCAGAGAUCCACAGGGAAGAGAACUCACAGCAGCUCUGGGAAGAGAUUCACCUCAUCAGGCAUUAAAAUUCAUCAGAGAACACACACAGGAGAUAAACCAUUUAGCUGUGUUCAAUGUGGGAAGAGUUUUGGUCAAUCUUGCCAUCUGAUUCGACACCAGACAAUACACACAGGAGAGAAGCCUUACAGCUGUGAUCAAUGUGGGAAGAGUUUUGGUCAUUCUGGCAAUCUGACUCAACACCAGAGAACACACACAGGAGAGACACCUUAUAGCUGUGGUCAAUGUGGGAAGAGUUUUGGUGCAUCUAGCACUCUGACUAUACACCAGAGAACACACACAGGAGAGAAACCUUAUAGUUGUGGUCAAUGUGGGAAGAGUUUUACUAAAUCUAGCAAUCUGACUCUACACCAGAGAACACACACAGGAGAGACACCUUAUAGUUGUGGUCAAUGUGGGAAGAGUUUUACUACAUCUAGCAAUCUGACUAUACACCAGAGAACACACACAGGAGAGAAACCUUACAGCUGUGGUCAAUGUGGGAAGAGUUUUACUACAUCUGGCCAUCUGACUCUACACCAGAGAAUACACACAGGAGAGAAACCUUAUAGCUGUGGUCAAUGUGGGAAGAGUUUUGGUGCAUCUAGCACUCUGACUAUACACCAGAGAACACACACAGGAGAGAAACCUUACAGCUGUGGUCAAUGUGGGAAGAGUUUUACUACAUCUGGCCAUCUGACUCUACACCAGAGAAUACACACAGGAGAGAAAUCUUAUAGCUGACAAGAGACAAAGAUCUCUGAUCAAAGGAGUUAUUUCGUGAUAUCAAUGAAAUGAUGUCACAAUGUAGAAUGUUUUAACAUUGUAGUAUGAGUAUUUUAAUGAUGUCACAAUGUAGAAUGUUUUAAAAUUGUAGAAGGAGUAUUUUAAUGAUGUCACAAUGUAGAACCCUAAACAUUUGUCCCCUGUUCUAUUGAUUUCAACAUGAUAUGGAUAUUAGCAUCAGGGGGAAAAUCCAGGCUCUGAAAUGAAAGAGUACUAUUUAUGUGAUUUAACAAAAAGUGACUAACACAAAAAGAGCUGUGUUACAUUUACCGUGUUGGUGACCCACUUGAAUCAAAAUGCAACACCUCAAAAUGUAGCUAGCCGUUUUCUACAAGUUGUCCUCUAACCAGGGAUGUACACAUUACUCCCAGAUUCCGUGUGGUUUUUGAGCUAUUAGUUUUAACAGGACGUGCAACCUCAUCUCCAUCCUGUCACACAGUUGAUUUCAACAUGAUAUCGAUGAGUGAUGACAAAUAAGUGUUGCGUUCCUUUGUUUAGCGACCCCUAAAUUUAAAUGCAUCACUCCAAAAUGCAGGUUGUCCUCUAACCAGUGAGGUAAAAUAUAUCUUCCAUUUCCAUGUGUUUUUUUUUAGUUCCAUGUGUUCCAAGGGGACGAGAGUUCUAGAAUCUAGUGAGUUUUAGGAAGACAAGAAUUCUAGAAGCUAGUUUUGAAAAGCUAGAAAAAUACGUUUUUUUCCUUGUUUUUAAUUGUUGGUCAGUAGACACCAUGUUUAUAUUGGUGAAGGUGAAGCAUUGUAGUUGAUUAUAAUGUGAAAUGGAAGUUGUUUUCUGUUGGUGGUGAGCAUUCUCUUAAGGGGGGAAGGUGUUACAGUCUUUGGUUUUUCAUUUAUGUUUUGAGGUUGGACUUUUCCACGUCUAGCUCGUUAGCACGUAGGGCGCACUGAUUGGUGUCACCUCGUUAGUCAGUAUGUGUUACACCUGUGCUGGCUUGUCCAUCUCGUUAGUGGGAAGGUGUUUCACCUGUGCUGGUCCAGGUUCUAUUUAAGAGUGUCUGGUCCAGUGCUCCAGUUGUCUUGAUAGAUGUGGAGAGUCAACACCUUUAGUUGCUCCACCUUUUUGGUUUGCUUCCUGUCUUUAAGUUUGGUGUGGGUUUUUUCUUUUGUUUGCGUCUUCUUGGGCAGAUUUAGUGGGUCUCAUGGUGGGUGUCUUUUAGGUCCCAGUUGUUGUUACUAGUCAACUUUCAGUGGACACUGAGAGCAAAACUGCAACAUUAUGUUAUAAUACUUUUAUUGCAUCAACUGGUUGUUUUAUGCAACAGAAUAGAGGGUUCUUAGAACUAUUGUGUCUGUGUCUUCUACUGAGGAUGGGCCUCUGGGAGAAAACACUGACAGGAGAUUUACAAUGUCUUUUGGGUGAUUAAAACCUAAAGAGACCACAUUCCAGGGCAUGAGUUACUGUUUCUGUUCUAUAUGGUACCAGGGAGAGAUGAACCCCUCCUAAAAAAAAAAUACCUUGAACUUUGCAUUGCAUCCAAUUAAUAUUUUAAUCAAUGGCAUUUCCUUAGGCUGCUCAUUAGUCUUUCAGUUGUUAGUCUUCUGUUUGUUGUGUACUAAAUAUUUCAUUUUUUUAUUUGUUUUUUCUUGUGAAGCCAUUGUGUUGCAUCCAUGUCUGAAAUGUGCUGCAUAAAUAAAGCUUGAUUUGACUUCAACAAAUG